AAAGGUGUGACGUACUUCCGCCUGUGGUCCACUUUACCAGUGGCCUUUUGUGCCUUUCAUGUAAAUUUGAACGUAUGCACUCGAUGAGAAAUUUUAAGCGAAACGUUUAGCUGACGUGGGGGAUAUUUUGACCUGAAAUGGCGUCGGGUACACCAUGCUUAAGUAGAUGGGACCAACCCAAAUCCAAAGCUGACAAGCGUCAGGGCUGCAAUGUCUCUCAGACUGCGCCACAGCUCUCAUCCACUGCAAAUCACAUGGGAGCCAACAACAUCACUACAACUGCCAGUGCAUCUCAAACAUCCGGUGUCCCUUCAGCCGAGCUGAACAUGCCUCCCACAUCUGGGGGCCCAGGCGACGCUCCCCAGGGUGGCGUUGAGAUGGCUGCAGCCAUGGCUGCUAAAAUAAAUGCGAUGCUAAUGGCUAAAGGGAAGCUGAAAACACUCGAGCCUUUACCCAGUAAGAUUGCACCAAGUGUGCCAGUCUCAAGUGUCUCUGAUGAAGUUGUGGUGACUGAAGUGGAUAUCAACGACGUGCCCAUAAAUUGCAGAAACUUGCUCACAAAAGGGAAAACUCAGGAAGAGAUUCGUCAGGUCAGCGGAGCUGUGGUGUCAACAAAAGGACUGUACAUGACCACUGCUGACAAGUCCACUGCUAAAGGGCAUGUAUUCACCUCAUAACAUGUUCUGGUAAAAUGACUACCCUGCUGUGCAAGGCUUGUCCUAAUUGACUCUCUUUUUGUGUAGUGAGAGACCUUUAUAUCUCCAUGUUCAAGGACGUAGCCAGGAGGAGGUCAACAAGGCCGUCCGGCGGAUAAAGGAGAUCAUUUCAGAGGACCUGUUGAGGGCAGCCGCCGCGUCUGGAGGACAGCAGCGCCCCGUGAUGCCCACGCUUCCCGUGUACCCACAGCCGCCGCGCCCCGCCGUCCCGCAGCAGCCCACCAGGCACCAGAUGCCAACUAUGCCACGGCUGCCCAAUGCACAGCAGAACCAAAGGUCCACCCCCUCGCACGGUGGACAUUCAGGGAAUUUUGUCCAUACCAAAAUAUUUGUUGGUCUGGAUCAAGCGCUGCCCUCGUUUAAUGUGAAUGAGAAGGUGGAGGGCCCGGGGGGGACGUAUCUGGGGCACAUCCAGACGGAGACGGGUGCCCGCGUCUUCCUGCGGGGGAAAACCUCCGGCUACAUCGAGCAGGCGUCACGACGAGAGUCGUUUGAGCCACUCUACGUGUACAUCAGCCACCCCAACCAGACUGGACUGGAAGCUGCAAAGAAGCUAACGGAGAGUCUACUGGAAACGGUCAGAGCGGACCAUACUCGGAUGGUGUCCAUCUACACGGCGACGGGGUCCACUCAAGCAUACCCAGCUCAUGGAUACCCAGCUAAUAGCAAUUACAGUAGCCAGGGGUCCUGGUAUAACUACCCAGCAAAUGGGUACCCGGGCGGCUAUUCAGCAUACCCAGGAGCCACUGGUUACUGGAGUAGUGCAAAUGGUCACCCCAGUCAUUCUAACUUGUCGACAACCCCUCAAUCUUCCCAGGCAAUGGUUCAGUAUCCUGUGUGUCCUAGGAAACCCCCACCCUAUCUAGUACAGGACCAGGGAGCUAGUUCCGGCGACGCCACUAGCAGUCCAUCCACCAGCCCCCCGCGGCCCGCCAGUCCCAAGCGCCAGUUUGUGGAAGAGACCGAAGCGGCUGAUGAGGCUGAGUCUGAGUCCAGUGCAGAUGUGAAGAGUGAGGAACAAACGUCACCACCGGUUUCCUCCACUGAAGGGAAAACUUCAGAAAGGUUCCUGAUGCCGCCUCCUCCCAUGCCUUUGACGGUGACGCGCAAGAGACAGAGGGAGAGCCCGCCCAAAGAGGAGGAGCCGUGUCCUGCUGCGGCAGGCCCAGUCGUGGUGGAGGCGCCCAAGAAGCUGAAGCUGCCGGAGGACGGCUCAGGGCUCGUGCCCUACGGAGGGGACUCCUCGGACGAGGAAGAGGAGCGGACUCGCUGCAGUAAGAAGGCUAACUCCUAAACUCACUCAAACCCCUCCGCUCCCCCAGGGUCUUGCUUACAGCAACGCCCGGCCAAAGUUCAAGCACAUUCAUACAAAAUUACCAGAUCUUCACCCCACAUACACACCAUGUCCACACAUAAGAGUCCGCCAGGAAAAAGACUGCUACAUUUUGCCAUUUAUGACAAACUUUUUUUUUUGUGAUGGGUAAUUUUAACAAAAACAGGAAAAAAUUAAGCUUAGCCUAUGCCUUUGACAUCCUUCCUGGUUUCUUAAUUGCUCUGCACCAGUAACUGAUGUAUGCUGUAAAUUUCAGUGAAAACUUUUCUUAUUUGGAAAAUGGUGCAAGUCUGUUCCCAUGGAAUACUGUAAUAAAAAGUAUUUGAAACAA